CUCACAACAUGUUACACACAAGUACCCAUAACUAAUAUCUUGUACAACAAUAACAAUUGUUGAUUUUCCCAAGUAGUGACAUACUAUGAAGAUGAUGAACUCAGAGUUUGAGCGUGUCCUCAAGUAUUUUGACGAAGAUGGGGAUGGGAAGAUUUCCUCACAUGAGCUUAGGAAGAGGGUAGGGAUGAUGGGUGGUGAGUUAUUGUUGAAAGAAGUUGAAACGUUGAUAGAGGAGUUGGAUUCGGAUGGGGAUGGGUUGUUGGGUUUGGAUGAUGUUGUGAAUUUGAUGGAAGCUGCUGGGGAAGAAGAGAAGUUGAAGGAUUUGGCAGAGGCUUUUGAGAUGUACCAUGAUACUCAAAUGUUUGGCUUUAUAACUCCCCAAAGCUUGCAAAGGAUGUUGGAGAGGUUAGGGGAAUCAAAAUCCAUGGACCAAUGUAGAGCUAUGAUUGGCCACUUUGAUUUGAAUGGAGAUGGCCUUCUUUGCUUUGAUGAAUUUAGAGUCAUGAUGAUGCAGUGACGAAUUUCAUUCAUUUAUUCUUUGUUGUGUAUAUUAGGGUUUUGUAUCAUUCAUUCAUUUUAUUAUGAGCUUUUUAAGCUCCAUAUGUUAUUAUUGAUCUUUGUUGGGUAUGAUAUUUUCUCGAUGCUUUUUCGUUUUUGUCU